CGCCAUAAAAGUUACGCCGCAAAGUGUUUUGAGUUGGGCAUAACUAUUUUCCAUAAACUGUACGUCUGCCUGUCUCUCAACGGUCCGCAAACAGUUUGAUGCCCCAGGCUUGGUUGAAGAUUUCAGCACGGGAACUGAAAAUAUAUUAAUUCUUUAUCUUUGUUUUAAUAAAUUUCCAAAGGAGAAAAAGUUUUUAUUUGACCUCUACUUUAGCCAAGGCGUAGUUUUUCUUAUCACUAGGACAUCACAGCCAGCUAAAAAUUUGCCGUAUAUGCAUGCAUAUUUUAAAAGAAGAGUUACUAUAUACCCACCAUGAAUGUUUUCAAGAAUUAUUAUCGUGCACCACAAACUUUAUUAAAAUUACCAAGACAGCUGUGUUUUUGCGUACAUUACUCGCAAGCUUCUACAAACCAUUAUAAUGUACAACAAUUAGAACUAUUGGGAAGGAAAUAUCAGAAGGAUGAAAUGACAAAUAUCGGCGAAAACAUUGUGAAUAAGUUGGGUCGAAAACUUCAUUUAUUAAAAGAUCAUCCUCUUGAAAUAAUAAAACGCAAAAUCAGAGAUCAUUUUCAUGCUAAUUACCGAUCACGUUUUGGUGGUUGUGUUUUUGCCUCCAUUGAUAAUCUUAAUCCGAUCGUAAACAUAAAACAAAAUUUUGACAGCCUUUUAGUUCCAAAAGAUCACGUAAGUCGCGCAAAAAAUGAUAAUUAUUAUGUAAAUAAAGAUUACGUUUUACGAUCUCACACGACAGCUCAUGAGGUUGAACUUUUAAAAAGUGGUUGGAAUGCGUUUCUGAAUUGUGGAGAUUGCUAUAGAAGAGACGAAAUUGACAGCAGCCAUUAUCCAGUGUUUCAUCAGAUGGAAGGUGUGCGGUUAUUUGACCAACAUGAGCUAUUUCUUGGCACCAAGGAUGACACUUUGAAGAUUUUAGAAUCACACAAUAUGGAGCGUACCUCACAGAAACAGGGCUGGUACACUUCCGAUGCUACAGCAGUGACUGAGUAUAAUCUUAAGUACACCUUAAUGCAACUUGCGGAGUAUUUGUUCGGAGACGAUAUUGAAAUGCGAUGGGUAGAUGCGUACUUUCCCUUCACACAUCCAUCGUGGGAACUAGAAAUCAAAUUGAAUGGUGAGUGGAUGGAAAUGCUGGGGUGUGGCAUUCUGGAGCAUGGUAUUAUGCAAAAUGCUGGUGCAGGUGAUAGAAUUGGAUGGGCCUUCGGUCUUGGACUAGAACGAUUCGCUAUGAAAUUGUUCCAUAUUCCAGAUAUUCGAUUAUUUUGGAGUACAGAUCCGAGAUUCUUGUCGCAAUUCGAAGGUAAAGAAAAUGCUGUUUUUAAACCAUUUAGCAAAUACCCGCCAUCUUACAAAGACAUUUCGUUUUGGUUGAAUGAAGAUUUUGCGGCAAAUGAUCUGUUUGAAAUCGUUCGAUCGGUGGCUGGUGAUGUUGUCGAAGAGAUGACUUUAGUGGAUCAAUUUAUUCACCCAAAGACACGUAAAAGCAGUGUGUGUUAUCGCAUCACUUAUCGCGCGAUGGAUAGAACGCUACGCGACGAAGAAGUGAACGAACUUCAAGAUGAAAUUCGCAACAGCGUGGAAAGGACAUUGAACGUUAGUUUGAGGUGAAAAUUUCUGUUGAUGGAUAUAGCUUGCAUUGGGGUGAUGACUGCUCCGUUCCACAAAUGAAAAAGAGAAACAGUCCAUGCAACGAGAGAGAUAUUUGAUUACACUGAUUGUUAUUCUCGACUCUCGAUUCUCUUAAAUAUUGAUGUAAAUUGCGGGAGAUAUAAACAAAGUUGAAAACAAUUUUGAAUGCACGCUUUUAAUUUGUCACCAAGUUCAAAUCUUUAAAGUUUGGCGGUAAUGGUAAUUAAUAACCGCAGUUUCAGUUUGAAGCAUGGAUUUUUUUUCAAAAUCUGCUCCCUUGCUGCUACACGCCUGUAUCAGAGGAUCAACAUUUGAGCUGGCAGCGAUCUAGAAUCGAUGAAGGUCCACUUUUUUAUAAACACGCUUGUUUUCACAGGAUUUAUUGGUAUAUUUUCUUUUUUAUACAAUUUACAAUCUUCCCUCUCCAACUGAAAACCUGUGUUGCAUUGCAGGUAGCUGAACUAAAAAGUGUUUAUAAAUGUGUAUCGUGUGCUAGAUUGUAAGAAGUGUUUUCGUUUUAGUUGUAAUUGUCAAGAUAAAUAUUUUUACGUUUUAAGAACGAACGAAAUUCUUUCGAUUUACACAGA